AUACAUCAAGCCUUGAGCACAUACGUUAGAUAACUUUCAUACAUAAAGACAAUCGGAAUGUAAACGCCCGUAUCAAAAGUUUAUGAAGUCACACAGAGCUCAAGUAUGACAUUUAGAGAUAUAUUUUUUUAAGACAACCGAAAAUAAGAAAAUGGCUACAAGUAGGAGGUUCCACCAUGAAAGAGGAAGUUCAAGGGUUGUGAGCAUUAUCUUAAUUGGCAAAACGGGAAAUGGUAAAAGUAGCACGGCGAACUCUAUCCGUGGAAAAGAAGGUACUUUCAAAUCAUCGUGUGGACUACAAUCUCAAACAUCAGAAUGUCAGUAUGAUAUUUUCUAUUUGAGAGAAGCCAGGUCCACCAUUGAAAUCAUUGAUACUCCAGGACUCUGCGACACGCGAGCGAACAUUACUCCCGAGUAUAUAGCUGAUGAAUUGGUCAAAUCCGUAGUCCUGGUUGCUCCUGGUCCACAUGUGUUUUGCAUCGUGUUAUCGUCAACAACUCGUUUCACUGCUGAGGAUAACAACACAAUUGCCCAAUGUGAAGCAAUUUUUGGAAAAGAGUUUUAUAAGCACGCAUGCGUUAUCUUCACCGGCAGAGAUCAGCUUGAACGCCAAAAGAUUUCUGUCGAUGAUUUCAUUUUCAAAAACUGCCCAACUGAAGUACAUGCCUUACUUUCCAAGUGCGACUAUCGUUAUGUCUUCAUCGACAACAGCCAACCAAUAGAUGAAAGGAAAAGUUGUGGGUUACUGAUGUUUGAACAGAUGAGAGCAUGGAGACUGUUUCAUAGACGGUACCAAGAUCAACGUGGAUUGACGAAACUUGCUGAUGAAGUUACAGAAGUGGCCGCUGUUGCUACUGGCACCGAGAAAAGGCUUAUGAAGCAUAAGAUUGCUCAUAGUUGGGGAAAAUAUAAAAAAUAUUUUAAGCCUGUUUUCAAGGCAAUCGGUACAGCUGUAGCAGUCGCAAGUGGAAUAAGUACCAUUGUUGUUAACAUACUUAAAAGUACAGGAACAAUAUAGAAACAAGUAUUUAGAAUUCGAGAAAAUGAUCGAAGGAUAAUCAUAGAUUCAUGUUCAUGUCAUGAUUUGCCCUAAACCUGUUUUACCAGACAACAUUUUUGAAUUAAACCGAGUGUAAUAUAGCCUCAGAAACCAUUCGCGAUUACAGGCCAAUGAAAUGAGGCCAAUAAUGUAAUUAUCGCCAAGCUAGGCCUUCAUUCCAUAUUACAUCUUG